UUUAGGCCCAAUUGAGGCCAGAAGCAAUAAAUAUGAACUACGAAACCCUAGGGUUAAAGCUCUCGCCUUCAUUCAACGCACAGCAGCGGCAUUCGGCGAUCUGCUUGAACCACACCCAAAAUGGCGGACAAGGCAGUUACUAUCAGGACCAGGAAGUUCAUGACCAACCGUCUCCUCUCCAGGAAACAAUUUAUCAUUGAUGUAUUGCAUCCAGGAAGGGCCAAUGUUUCUAAGGCCGAGUUGAAGGAGAAGUUAGCAAGGAUGUACGAUGUUAAGGACACGAAUGCCAUCUUUGUAUUCAAGUUCAGGACCCACUUUGGUGGUGGCAAAUCUACUGGUUUUGGCCUGAUCUAUGAUUCUGUUGAGAAUGCUAAGAAAUUCGAGCCUAAGUACAGGCUAAUCAGGAAUGGUCUUGACACCAAGAUUGAGAAGUCAAGGAAGCAGAUGAAGGAAAGGAAGAACAGAGCAAAGAAAAUCCGUGGUGUCAAGAAGACCAAAGCUGGAGAUGCCGCCAAGGCUGGCAAGAAGAAAUAAAUUUUUGAUAAUUCACUUUUUUGGAUUUGGAGUCGUCACGAUUUUCUUAUUUUGUUUUAUCUUAAUGUUAAUUUAGCUACUGCUUUAAUGUUAAACUGGCACAAUAUUUUUGGAUUGUUACCAACUCUCAAACUCUAUAUCAUCAGAGUAUUUUCUUUUGCAAACAUUUUUAA